CGAGCGCAGCAGCCGCCCAGAGCUAUGAGCCGUGAGUUCGACCCUGAGGCCCCCAGGAACCCUCUUCGCCUCCCGGGGGAGCCUCGAAUGCCAGGCCCAGCCCUCACCUCUCGCUCCGCAGGGGGGAGUCGCCUGCACCGGUGGCCGCUGCUCCUGCUGCUGCUGCUGCUGCUGCCGCCGCCCCCGGUCCUGCCCGCGGAAGCCCGGACCCCGGCGCCUGUGAACCCGUGUUGUUACUACCCAUGUCAGCACCAAGGGAUCUGUGUCCGCUUCGGCCUUGACCGCUACCAGUGUGACUGCACCCGCACGGGCUAUUCUGGCCCCAACUGCACCAUCCCCGAGCUGUGGACCUGGCUCCGGAAUUCACUGCGCCCCAGUCCCUCUUUCCUCCACUUCCUGCUGACGCAUGGGCGCUGGUUUUGGGAAUUCAUCAAUGCCACCUUCAUCCGUGACAUGCUCAUGCGUCUGGUACUCACAGCGCGUUCCAACCUUAUCCCCAGUCCUCCCACCUACAACAUAGCGCAUGACUACAUCAGCUGGGAGUCCUUCUCCAAUGUGAGCUAUUACACUCGUGUUCUGCCCUCUGUGCCCCAAGAUUGCCCCACGCCCAUGGGGACCAAAGGGAAGAAGCAGUUGCCAGACGCCCAACUCCUGGGCCGUCGCUUCCUGCUCAGGAGGAAGUUCAUACCUGACCCCCAAGGCACCAACCUCAUGUUCGCCUUCUUUGCACAACACUUCACCCAUCAGUUCUUCAAAACUUCUGGCAAGAUGGGUCCUGGCUUCACCAAGGCCUUGGGCCAUGGGGUAGAUCUUGGCCACAUUUAUGGGGACAAUCUGGACCGUCAGUAUCAGCUGCGGCUCUUUAAGGAUGGGAAACUCAAGUAUCAGGUUCUGGAUGGAGAGAUGUACCCGCCAUCUGUGGAGGAGGCGCCUGUGUUGAUGCACUACCCACGGGGCAUUCUGCCCCAGAGUCAGAUGGCCGUGGGCCAGGAGGUGUUUGGGCUGCUUCCUGGGCUCAUGCUCUAUGCCACGCUCUGGCUGCGUGAGCACAAUCGUGUGUGUGACCUGCUGAAGGCUGAGCACCCCACUUGGGGUGAUGAGCAACUCUUCCAGACGGCCCGACUCAUCCUCAUUGGGGAGACCAUCAAGAUUGUGAUUGAGGAGUAUGUGCAGCAGCUGAGUGGCUACUUCUUGCAGCUGAAGUUCGACCCGGAGCUGCUGUUUAGCGCCCAGUUCCAGUACCGCAACCGCAUCGCCAUGGAGUUCAACCAGCUGUACCACUGGCACCCGCUCAUGCCAGACUCCUUCUGGGUGGGUUCCCAGGAGUACAGCUAUGAGCAGUUCCUGUUCAACACCUCCAUGCUGACGCACUACGGGAUCGAGGCCCUGGUGGAUGCCUUCUCUCGCCAGAGCGCCGGCCGGAUUGGUGGAGGUAGAAACAUAGACCACCAUGUCCUGCACGUGGCUGUGGAAACCAUCAAGGAAUCCCGCGAGUUGCGGCUGCAGCCCUUCAAUGAGUACCGCAAGAGGUUUGGCAUGAGGCCCUACAUGUCCUUCCAGGAACUCACAGGGGAGAAGGAGAUGGCAGCCGAGUUGGAGGAGCUGUAUGGAGACAUUGAUGCCUUGGAAUUCUACCCGGGGCUUCUUCUGGAGAAGUGCCAUCCAAACUCCAUCUUUGGAGAGAGUAUGAUAGAAAUUGGGGCUCCCUUCUCCCUUAAGGGCCUCCUAGGGAAUCCCAUCUGUUCUCCAGAGUACUGGAAGCCAAGCACAUUCGGUGGUGAGAUGGGCUUCAAUAUGGUCAAGACAGCCACACUGAAGAAGCUGGUCUGCCUUAACACCAAGACUUGUCCCUAUGUUUCCUUCCGUGUGCCUGACCCCCACCAGGAUGGCGGGCCUGGUGUGCAGCGGCCGUCCACAGAGCUCUGAGGGGGCAGAGCAGCAGCAUUCUGGAGGGUGGACUUGUCAUCCCAGAAUGCUGAGGCUGGGGUUAAUAAUCCCAAAUGUUGGGUCUUUGGUUUGCCUCAAGAAUAUCAAGGUCAACAUUUAGAACUUUGUGUCUCUCACCCAUUAUCUGGAAUAUCAUGGUCUUGUUUGUUAUUCUAGAAUGCUGAAUUCCUGGUUGACCAUCUAGAAUGGAUGGAGUGAUGCUUCUUUGGCAAGCCAGAACACUGGUUCCUGGCCGACAACCUAGAAUGUCAGACUUCUGGUUGACUUAAGACGUAGGCAUUCUCUAAUGUGAAGCUCCUGACAGAAUCAUCUAGAAAGAUAGGGGAUUCUUAUUUUGCAUUCUAGAAUUCUGGGCAGCCCUCCAGCAUGUUGAUUUUUUUCACUGGCAGUUCAGAAUGUUGUGCUCUUGAUUGCUGAUCCAAAAUAGUGGCUGGUAUGCCAGAUCAGUCUUGCUCUGAAUGCCUAGAAUGGUAAUUUGAUUCAUUUUCCUGUUCAGUGAGAUACCCCCAAAGCAGGAGAAUCUACAGCCUAACCAGAGUGCAUUGCCUGCCUCUGUGCCUGCCCCGAGGACUUAGGGGGCAGAGUGUUCUUCCUGGGACGCUGACUCAGACCCUGGUCCAAGGAGCUAGAACAGGUGGGCUUUUUCCAGGUCAUUGGUUGGAGGCCACCAGAGCUCUGUUGCCAUCUUUGUCUUGACUCAUGACAGCUGUUUCUCAUGAAACUAAUAAAAUUCUUUUUCCAAAA